GUUCCUUGUACAUGUACAUACGUAGCGUCCAGUGCGUGAACAGAGCCCAGCUAGAAGGCGUUGUUACGCACACAUCGACAAAGAGCGCGUUCAACUUUCAAGGAUAGUCGAUUCAUAACUUAUAUAUACUAGACUAUGCAGGUGUUUAGGGAGAAGGCACUGCUUGAUGUCGCAUACAAACAGGGCCGCCCAUGCUUCAGCGAGGAAGCAACUAAGCCGGUUCUCAGCAGUGCAUUAUUUCAAGCGGAAAAGCUAUCUCUUGUGGGGAAGCCGGGCUUCGAGGAGUUCAACGCAGCAAAGGAGGAGCUAAUGGACGUUUUGACCGGGAGCGAAUGCCCGGUGCAGCAGACUGUACUGUACGAGCCUGGAAAGGCAAGGGCUGUACACUCCGUGAAGGAGAUCAGGGAUGCUCCCCUUCACCAGCAUCUAGCCGAGGUCACUGGCAGCAUAGACGACGGCCUGAUCAGAUAUUGCGGCAACCUGACCCUGGUGCAUGCACUGCGGUAUGGCGGUGGUGCGACACAGGGGCCAAUCUCGGAUGCCGAGGCGCUGAACCCAGGGCGAAGUGAGAGGGCGGAGCGGUUUGCCAGGGCAUUGCGGGCCUCGCUACCACACCUGUUUGCUACAGACACCUAUCUCGACCGUGCUGGCGUGGGGGCAACGGAGGUCUACCAUGGGCUCAACACCGCGGUGUGCGAUAUGCUAGCAG